UUUGUUUCCUUUUGCGUACCUUUACGAAUAAGAUUAAAUUUUAUUAAAAUCAAAUAAGGACUGUAGGUUAUUGUUAACCUGUAUAUUAUCCUGAAAUAUUUCAUAGUCCAUGCGAUAAUGGAUGAUAAGAUAAACUAGCAUUUCAGUGACCGUACUAAAAUCGAGUACACAUUUACGUUAAUUCUAAGAGUAGACUGAUUGCCACUCUGUAAUAAUGGAUCCAGUCUUCCUAUUGUAACAAUAAAAGUUUAUUAAAUAAAUUUAUUCGCAAGUCAUAAUUUCAAUGCGCUCAUCGGUGAGUUAUAUACUUUCUGACGCGCCGGGAGAGUCAGUUAUGUCGCACCCUGACUACUCACAGCAGGCUCAACACCAUGGUUGCUUAUUGAUCUUAGUUAAAGGUAUUGGAGGAGUAUUGAAAAAUUUUAACAAAUUAUGGGAUCGUGUACAAAAAGUAAACAAUAUAAAAGUGACAGAUUCACAAGGACAAAUAAGGGAUAUCUGGGUUCGAUAUGUGCAGGAUUAUCCUGUUGAAAAUAAUGAUUGGGGAGACUUCCAAACUCAUAGGCGACUUCUGGGAUUGAUCACAUUUAGUAAAUACACAAAUCAAGUUGAGUUAAAUGAAGUGUGUCGUGUUCAUGAAUCACUUAAAGUUAAAUAUUCGAAUACUUUGUAUGAUUCUCGAGCAUUUAUAUUUGGUCCUGGAACCAAUCUGAAGAGACCUGUGCAAGAACCAGAAACAUACAGUGUGUAUGAGGAUGACAAACUAUCAAAAGAGAAGACAAGUACUUGUGACAGAAUAUCACUACCCAGUGAGGCAGCUGAAAGCCUCUCGUCUGCAGAAAGUUUUUCAAGAUCACCCUCAUCAACUGCCUCAUAUUCAAAUCAAGAAGAAAACUUUACAACUCCAUCUAAUUUCAAAACUCAUGCCAUGUUUUACGGAGAAAAUGACCCAAUGUUAGAUAUGGAACAACAAAUAUCAGAUCUUAUCAACUCAUUGUUUUGGGUUGUUGAAUCGAAGAGACUGGAGAGGUCGAAAGAAAAGUUGGAGAAAGUUUCUCUUUUGUUGGUGCCAUUUGAAAAAAAGGAUUAUGUUGGUCUUGACAUGGAAUCAAGGAACAAUAAAAAGCGAUGCAUGGGUCGUGUAACAAAAAAUCUAGCAGACCUUACCCUACAGGCUGGCCUAGUGGCAGACUCAUUGAGCUUAUACCAUUCUGCUGCUGAAAUACUUAAAUCAGGAAAUGAUUGGUUAUGGCUUGCUGCUGCAAAAGAAGGACAUUGUGCAGCGUCUGCUAUACUCCUCUACCCAAACUUAAGAAACUCAACACCUUUACAACGUAAUGCAAGUCUACAAGAAAGUUCACCAUACAAAAUGAAAUCCUUAUCAUUAUGCCAACCGAGUGAUCCAGUUAGAAAGUUUAAAAUGAAUGCUUCACCGUCAAAAUCUAAGAUGUCAAGUCCGGUGAACCUACCCAGCGAUCUGACUCCGUCAUCAUCUGAAAGUAUUGAAACAUCUUCAAGACAGUCUGAGCUGGAAAAUGCUGAUACUGAAUCGCUGGCUUCGUGCAGUGAUAUGGAAUAUCAGAGCCAAAAAUCGUAUCUGACGCCUGACUUACCAUCUAUUCCUAGACAACCCUCUUCUCAAUUACAUAACCAAUAUUUAUUGAAUGGAGAGGACAUUGUUCUAAAGUAUCGUAAAGCUAUUAUACACUACAGUAAAUAUCAAAAUGCUGGAAUUAUCGAAACAGAGGCGUGUUUCAAAGCAGCUAGGAUUGCUGUUGAGCAGGGCAAUUGUUUACAAGCAUCCAGUUUCUUACAGAAUAUUGUGUUCAUCAACCUGACAUUGAGUGAACAGGAGAAGAUACAAAGAUUUGAUACUCUUGCUGAGUUGUAUAAAGAUAUAGGUUUUCUUCGGAAGGCAGCAUUUUGUCAGCGUUUGGCUGCGACCCGACACGUUAGCGUCAACAAUCCCAACCCCGACUGGCAACGGUGUUACUAUUUCAUGCUUCACAGCUUUCCCGGUCAUAAGCUGUGCUUGGACCCUGAUUAUGUGAUACAACAUCAAGUUGGUUGGCCGGUAUUACAAAUCGAGGUGCUUCAUGAGAUAGUUGUAGCUGCCCGGCGCAUGGGACACCCCGCGCUCGCCACCAGGCACAUGACUUACCUGCUGCAGACGCUGUGGCCUCAUCUGUCACGUCUGCAGCAACGGGAGUUAGCCAUACAGUUGCAAGCGUUAUCAGCUCAAUGUGAAGGUGGACCAGUACCAUUGGUGCUAGAGACAGGAGAAGUGAUUCCUCCUGCAAACCUAACCCACGUGCCCCACUGUUUGCACUUCAACCCGCGUCCGCUCGAGGCAACGAGGACGCCACAACUUAUCAACUCGAAACCACAACAUGGGCCGUUUAUAUUCACACCAAUACACUUCGGUAGUCUUGAGAGAAAAUCAAAGAAGGAAGAAGGAAAAAUGGAUCAUUUAUGGGUUCAAGACGAUAUUUGCGAAGUUCAACUGAAACUCACAAAUCCCCUGCCAAUCGAGUUAAAAGUAUCAAACAUGCUGUUACUUACCACCGGAAUUGUGUUUGAAUCUAUACCAGAGACAAUCAUUCUGCCGCCUGAUACACCUACAACAGUCAACCUUCACGGAACGCCAAAAGAAGAAGGGGAUUUACAAAUUUUGGGUUAUUCCACCCACACUCUAGGUGUCAAAUCCAAUUGUCGUUUAAAACACAUGCCGAUGCCAAAUAAAUUUCCUGCUUCGUUCACUGUAUCAGUUAUUCCGAGUCUGCCAAUAAUUAGUAUUGAGACAUGUGUGACAGUGUCGGGGGGUGUCAAUGUGUUUGGGCCUGAUUCGGGCUCUACAAAUAUAUCAUUGUACAACGGAGAGAGCACGGACUGUAGUAUCAAGAUUACAAACACGAGUAAUGUGCCUGUUGAAUACUUGGAUUUAUCUAUACAGUCUAACAUGGACAGUCAGCUUCAAAAUAAAGUAUUCCAAUGGUCCAACGAUGCUGUGCAGUCACUAUUGCCGCUAAAGCCAAAUGAGACCGCUACGAUUCUGAUGAAGUUGUAUGGUGAAGCUGAUUUCUUGGAUCUGGGGGGAACUUGUGAAGCCUUCCCUAACAGUUUGAGCUCUAAUUAUCCAUCUCGGGUGGGAUCUCCUGUUCCGAACGCCAACACAUCACUUCCAACGCAAAGUUCCAAUACACACACAUCACUAAGCAGUGGACUUAUUGUAAACAGAACCUCGGGAAGUUUCAGAUCGACAAAUUCUCAUACUACUAACUGGUCCGCUCCUAUAUCAGUCAUGCCCCCAUCUAGAGGUCGUCAAAUCGAGUCACAGAUACUGAUAAGGUAUUCGGGUGGAGAAGGUAAGGAGGUCCACUGCAGAGAGUCCACGUUGCAGUUCAAUGUGGAACUGUUGCCAAGCGUCUCUAUAACACACUGGGACGUACUGCCAGCCGAAAUCCCAAGUCAACUGUAUCUAGUACUGGAUGUAACAAAUCUAACGUCGGAGGAAAUGGAUCUACACUACACGGAGAAUAAGCACAUACUCAUUGAAGGCAAGGAGUCGUGCAGAGUCCCCGUGCCCUUGGAUAGAUGUCCAUUCAAUUCCACGCCAAAGAUUGAUGAUACAAUGGACUCAAAGUCAAUUAGCACAAGUGUAUCAACAAAUAGUUUGGAGCUAAUGUGCUCAGAGCAUAUCACCAACAAUGUGCAUCUGAAGUGGCACCUGAUGCAGACCAAUGUUUUUGGCAGAGCUUCGGUGAAGGGCAUCACAUUAUCUCAGGCUAUGAUAGACAUUGUUCGAAUGUCACCCUUAAAUUGGGAAGUAAGUUUAAACAAACAACAAAUAAAGCCCCAAGAGGAGUUGAACUGCAACGCCGGCGAGUGUCUCUCGCUCGGGGUCGCCAUAUCCAACCACCUGAGCAGGCCGCUGCAGCAGCUGUGUCUGUCCGUGCAGUUCUACCAGGACUACAACAACGGAGUACUCAACUACAAGCUGGACAACCGUGUCGCUACUGCGGGGAACAACAAAGUCAUUUUGAAAACAUUAGAGGAAUCCACCAAAGCUUACCACGAAUGCACUGUGGUGUUCCUGACCCCAGGGGAAUACAAGAUAGAUAUCCAGUGUUCGACAACCGAGCCCCUGUCAGACGACCCCUCGAAGGAUCUAGAACAUUCGUCCAUCACGCAGCCAUGUGUCGGAGAAGUUAGUCAUGUCUGGAGGUUCAUUCCACCUGUAGCCAUCAGUGUUACAGAUUAAGAGCUUUUUAUGAUAAUUAGUGACGGAAAAAGCCCCUGCCAUCGUCUUAUGAUGAUACACAUAUUAAAAGAUUUUCUUACCACUCACUAAUGCUCAACCUUUCCGAUAAAAAGGCAUAAAAGGCAUUUAUUUUCUCAAAAUUGAUUCCUUUAGAAUUCUUUUUGAUGUUAUUUCUUAUACUACUAGAUAGUACUACCGCUUCGGAAACAAAUGGCGCUCUGAGAGAGAAGAAGCGGCGCAAGAAACUCUCCCAGCAUUCUUUUUUUUUGCGCUCUUUUCAAUAAAAAUAUACAAUAUUGUACAGUCAUUUCUAUCGCUAUAAAAUAAUCACAAUCUAAUAGUGGUGGUAAAUGUAAAAAGAAAAGAAACUUGACUUUCAUAAGUGUCAAAUAAAGUGAUUUGCAUUUGAUUUGAUAACAUUCACUUGGUUGAGUCACAUCACUCAACCAACUGAAGUGAGCAGGUGCGGGAUAUUGAACACUCAUAGGUCACCUGGUCAUUAUUUAAUGAUCACAACAUAUCUUAAAAAAUCGCUGCCUACUUUGUAUUUAUAUAAGGUAUGUGUCCACUGAACACCUGUUUUGCGUGGUAGGGUUGGGUGGCUAAUAUUGCCGUUCCAACUGCUCAACAAAAUUACUCAAACUAAGAGUAUAUGACCCCAGGUGUUAGGCCCUGUACGUGGCUACACAUACGGCCUCCAGGAUUAUGUGUUUGUCCAUCUCUUCUGUGGAGGCAGCCUUGAACAUGGAGAUAAAACUGAUGGAUAGAAGGGCCGACUACUUAUCAUAUGAGUUAUUUUACGUUAUCUUUGAUCAUAUAACUAAAAGAGUUUGUCCUUUAAUUUGGCGUCUAUGGGGUUAAUUUUCGAUGAGUCGGAAACACCGUUCAAACAAGUACACCACAACAGAAGAAAUUGAUGUGGGCUAAAACUUUAAUUAAAUAAGAAGAGUGUAAUAUAUUAUACCUAUAUUAAAUAUAACCAAUUAUUUUAUACAGAUAUUAAAUAUUAUAAUCCAAAUGCUAUUGUUAUUAAUGAGUCGCAUCGCUUUUGAUAUAGACUUUCGCAAAAAAAAAAAAAACACCAAAAGCAUGCAUGUUAUGGUAAUUUAAUUAUUUAUUCACAAUAUGUGGGAUGAUUUAAUUGUUAAAAUAUGUUGAUUAUGUAAAUAAAUGUUUGUAAUUA